GUCCCCGCUCCUGGCCUGUCUGCAGGACACACAAGAGGGCCACCCCGAUGGACACACAUGCAGCUUUCUUCGCACAGGUGUCCAGUGGCGGCCGGGCUGCUGAGCAAGGCGCUCAGAGCGCCGGGUUGACGCCACGGCACGCGGCUUCGGCAGAAGGGGAACGCCAUGGUGAGCAGGCGCCAGAGCUGUGCCAGGGGCCCCCGCAGGCCCUGGGUUUUCUGGACCUUUGUGGGAGCAAGAAGGCUGGAGAGAGGCCCAAAGAGGCUCCGCAGGGACCGGUCGCUUGUGAGAAAACUGGAGGGCAGAAUGGCCACGAGGACACGUCAGGCAUCACGUUGAGCGCAGGCUCCGCACCAGGCAGCAGAGGGCCCUGGAAAGGGCGGCCAUACCAGUGCAGCACCUGCGACCGCAGCUUCAAGUGCUACUCGGACGUGGUCAAACACCAGAGCAUCCACUCCGGGGAGAAGCCCUACGCGUGCAGCGACUGCGGGAAGGCCUUCAUCCACAGCUCGCACGUGGUCAGGCACCAGCGGAUCCACAAUGGGGAGAAGCCCUACAUCUGUAAGGAGUGUGGCAAAGCCUUCAGCCAGAGCUUCAACCUCAUCAGACACCAGCGUAUCCACACUGGAGAAAAGCCUUACCGAUGUGCUGAGUGCGGCAAGUCCUUCAGCCAGAGGUCAGAUGCCAUUAAGCACCGGAGAACCCACACUGGAGAGAGGCUGUACGAGUGUCGGGAAUGCGGCAAAACCUUCAUCCACAGUUCCAAUGUGGUUCGGCACCAGAGGAUUCACCACGGAGAGAAUCCCUACGAGUGUAAGGAAUGCGGCAAGGCCUUCAGCCAGAGCUCCAACCUCAUUCAGCACCAGCGCGUGCACACAGGGGAGAAGCCGUUCGCCUGCCAGGAGUGCGGGCGCGCCUUCAGCCGCAACUCCUUCCUCAGCGAGCACCGGCGCAUCCACACGGGCGAGAAGCCCUAUGAGUGCGGCGAGUGCGGCCGCGCCUUCAGGGCCCUGUCGGGCUUCUUCCGGCACCAGAGGGUCCACACGGGCGAGAAGCCUUUCCGCUGCGCCGAGUGUGGCCGUGCCUUCCGCCUGAGCUUCCAUCUUAUCCAGCAUCAGCGGGUCCACAGCAGAGAGUGAAUCUGGGACGUGGAGGACAUGGAGCUGGGAAACGUGCCAGCAGGUGGGGAGGGGGGCGCCCGCCAUAAAGCCGCCACCCCCCUGAGGUGCGAGCUGCCCACCACAUGCGGGGAGGACGGCUGGGGGCCCUCGCUGGGUCCAUCUGCAGCCACUUGCCCAGGAGCAGCCAGAGGGCAGUGGAGUCUCAGGAAGGUGAACUUCCUACAUGGACACCACAGGUGUUCCCGGAGAAGGGAACGUGUGACAGACGCACGUGUCCACUGGCGUUAACUCGUGUCACUUUCAUAGCGCUGUGUGUUAUUUCCUGGGGUGUCACUCGCAUGUGGUGCAGCGUAUAGACCUUACAUGUGUGGUUGUAUGCGAUCAGACAAUUCAUUUCAGCCUCUGUGACCACUGUACUGCCAGGACAGACCUUCUGUCACCCACGGGUGUCCUCCCGACCCUCCCAGGUCAGUCCCCGCCCUCAGGGGUGAGGGGAGCCCGCCUGUCCCUGCAGCUCUGACUCUCCUCCAGCUUCACGUUAAUGGGGCGUGACAGGCUCCCUGGGGCCUGCGCCUUCGUUCCCUUGGCCUGUGUUGGAGACUUGCCCGUGUGGUAGCAGUAUUGUUCCAGUCCCACGGCCCUUUUUAAAAGGCACGGCUUCCCUUCUGCCCGUAUUGAUGCUGUUUUGUCACGUCUGCUUUCUCCAUCAGAGUGUGAGCUGCUCAUGCCCAGAACGGCUGGGCACGGGCCUGGCGCAGGGGCGGGGGAGGGGCCCGCGGUGCGCACGGGGCAGCACAAGGAAAGAUGCUUGAGAGCUCUGCACUUGGAACAGCUGCUUCCUAAGUGCUCCCCUGUCCGGACUCCACGCUGUCCCAGGGAAGCAGACCCACCGCGGUGUCUGUGUUCAAGGACUUUACAGGUUAGAGGGAGAGAUGGACAAAGCAAUUUCUGUAACACCCAAAACAGGCGACGGCAGCAGCAACUAGGAGCCCGGCACAGAGCACAGGGCGCGGAGAAGGGCGGGACUCCUGGUGGGUCCUUCACACGACCAGUCGAGGGGACAGACAGAUGGGGCUGUGUGUGCGAAGCAGAGGUGGGCAUGCACGAGGAGUGAGCAUGAGAAACGCGCCUACUCCGUCUGUAGCCGCAGAUGGAACAGUGUAGUGGUAACCACCACCGCCUGGGAGCUGGGACUCCCACCACAGGACGAGGGCAACAGGCGCGCGCAGCAGCCGGGGCGAAGCAGAGGCGCCCAACGGGGGAGACGUCAUGGCUCCAUGAACCUCGGCCACAAUGCGGGGAGUGAGUCAUGUUACUGAGUCAGGUCUGUCACAACUGGACAGACCCGAGCGGUCACCUGGCCGAGUCCCGGGCCCAGCGCGUGGCUGUGCCACUUGGUGGAGACAGUCUGCUCCAGCUGACCCACGGGCAGAGGACCACGGGGGGGGGGCCCGCAGCCUCUGGACUCGGGAACAGCAGCAUGGCUGCAGGGCCCGUGUGGGCACCCAGUGACCUAUGUGGCCUCGUGUGGGGGCAGGGCGCCCCACGGAGUGGACUCAGUGUUGACCUGGGCCUCUGCGGGGGGACAGCCGGGGCCUCCACGCUGGGCCCAGGCCCGCAGGUGGGCCGGAGGCUGCCGGUCCGUGCGCCCCCCACCACGCGGCAGCAGAAGCCAAGGCAACUGCUCUGGAGGAAGGCCCCCCUCCCCCCGGCACUGAGAUCCUGUCCUGCUCCUGGUCACAGGUUGCUGCCAGACCCCAAAACCGCUGGGGGAGGCUGGAGAGAAUGGCUGCCUCUGAGGCGUGCGGGGGAGACGCCACAGUGGCAAGAAAGUGACGGCGACCAUCAGGCCCGCGUGGGCAGGGGUUUUAAAGGAGGCCUAGGAGCGAGAACACAGUUCUGGAGAAAGCGUUAGCGUCGUUGAGGACACAGCCAAAGAAACCCUGCCUCGCAGAGAGGCCAGGAAAUGGGAAACGCAGUAGAAAGGAAAAUGCUCUAAUUUAAAAUGAACAAAAAGUAUCAAGAAAUAAGAGGAAAAAACUGGGUAAAUAAUCAGUACGGUAGCAGAAACAACCCAAAAAUCAGCAAACAUGAGUAGAUGAAAUCGCAGGUAAGCCCUGGCCGGUGCGGCUCAGUGGACUGAGCCCCAGCCUGGGAACCAAAGGGCCGCCGGUUGGAUUCCCAGUCAGGGCACAGGCCUGGGUUGCUGGCCAGGUCCCCAGGAGGGGAUGCACGAGAGCCAACUAAUGGAUGUUUCCCUCUCCUGCCUCACUUCCCCUCUCAAAAUAAUAAAAUCAUGGUUAAAACAUUAGAACAGGUAGUAGGACUCUGACUCAGAACCACACACGCAGUCACGCACCGUAGGUGCCCGC